UUGGCUGAGUAUUUCCAGUCCGCUGUUCACAUACAUCAGUGGUAGCGGGUCUGCGAGAGCUGCUCGUGGAAGACGUAGUGUUUGGGAAUCAAUUCAUCUAGAAACAAGAAGAUGGUCCCGUAGUUGUAUUAUCGCAGGAAGCCAAAGCAGACGACAAGCAGACGAGACAAGUGGAUUUGUUUGUUGAAACAUCCCAGCAAAAUCUUUCCGAGACAUUUUUUUUAUAAUAACUGAGACCUGUGCAAUCGUUCAAAAGCUUGUGUUUAAGCCUUCGGUUUAAGCUGUUUGGUGUUCUUGCGAACAGAACUGUUCCUGCUUUGAUUACAUUUUGUAAUCAUUGAAUGAUACAUCACAUAAUAUAUUUUUGGUGAAAACGUGGAGUCAAUUCAUCUAGAAACAGGAAGAUAUCUCCGUAGUUGUGUCAUCACAGGAAGCCAAAGCAGACGACAAGCAGACGAGACAAGUGGACCUGUUGUUGAACAAUCCCAGAAAAAACCCUGUUUGUUAUAAUAACUGACACCUGUGUUCAACAUUCACAAGCUCGUGUUUAAGCUGUUUGGUGUUCUUGCGAAUAGAACCAUUCCUGCUUUGAUUACAUUUUGAAAUCUUUGAAUGAUACAUCACGUAAUAUAUUUUUGGUGAAAACGUGGAAAGUGAAUCUAGGAACUAGUAGCGAUGGCGCUUGAACUGCACGUGGAGGAUAUAACUGUCCUCGUUGUAUAUUUCAUACUGGUCAUGGCUGUUGGAUUGUGGUCAUCAUGCACGACCAACACCGGCAGUGUCAAAGGUUACUUCAUGGCGGGAAGGGACAUGAUAUGGAUCCCCGUGGGCGCCUCCAUCUACGCCACCAACUUUGGCAGCCACUUUUUUGUGGGGAUGGCGGGAUCGGCGGCGGCAGGGGGCAUUGCUGUCACCAUCUACGAGUGGCACGCUGUGUUUAUGCUGUGUCUGCUGGGGUGGCUCUUCGUGCCGGUGUAUGUCGCCUCGGGGGCGUACACGAUGCCGCAGUACCUGAAGAAGAGGUUCGGGGGACGACGUCUACGUAUCUACCUCUCCUGUCUCGCCAUCUUCCUUCUCAUCGUACAGAAAAUAUCAGUGGCCAUGUAUGCUGGAGCUGUCUUCAUUCAGCAGUCCGUGGGCUGGGACAUGUACUCGUCAAUCAUCAGCGUUACCCUCAUAACCGCUGUCUAUACCAUCAUAGGCGGUUUGUCGGCGGUGAUAUGGACAGACGCUUUGCAGACGGUCAUCAUGGUGUUUGGGUCUCUUUGGCUGGUCGUGGCAGGCUUCCUCAACGUGGGCGGCAUGGACGAGUUGUUCGAGAAGUACAUGCACUCCGUCCCCAACGUCACCACAUGCGGUAACACUACCAGCGGCUUCCCUCGCGCCGACUCCCUCCACAUCUUCCGCGACCCCAUCGACGGAGACAUCCCGUGGCCCGGCGCCAUCUUGGGCCUCACCCCCAUGGCCAUCCUGGCGUGGUGCACGGACCAGGUGAUGGUUCAGCGAGUUCUAUCCGCCAAGACCCACUCUCACGCCAAGGGAGGGGUACUUCUGGCCGGCUGGCUCAAACUCCUCAGUUUCUUCAUCGUCAUCUUGCCGGGAAUGAUGGGAAGGGUUCUGUUUCCGGAUGAAGUUGGCUGUGUUGACCCUGACAUCUGCGAGAGCGUCUGUGAAAAUCGCAAUGGCUGCUCCAACAUCGCAUAUGCAAAACUGGUCGUCAACAUUUUGCCUAUAGGCGUUCGUGGUCUGAUGCUGGCGUGUAUGAUGUCGGCGCUGAUGAGCACACUGACGUCGGUCUUCAACAGCGCGAGUAGCCUCUUCACACUAGAUCUGUAUACAAGAUGUCGACCCAAGUCAUCAGAGAGGGAGCUGAUGAUUGUGGGGAGACUGUUCAUCCUGGUAUUGGUAGCUGUCAGCAUUGCAUGGAUCCCUAUCCUGAACGCCGCCCAAGGGGGGCAACUCUGGACAUACGUGCAGGCCAUGCAGGCGUAUCUGUCCCCGCCAUGGGUCGUGGUCUUCAUAAUGGGGAUAGCCUGGAAGAGGACUACAGAAAAGGGGGCGUUCUGGAGUCUGAUGGCGGGACUCGCUGUCGGAUUGAGCCGGAUGAUCCUGGAUCUCGCCUACCCCAAACCUGCGUGCGGCGAAGACGAGACCAGACCGGAAGUCCUUUACAAAGUGGACUUCCUGUACUUCGCAGUUAUCCUGACCAUCAUAGUGUUCGUCGUCUGCAUCGUUAUCAGCCUCAUGACCGAGAAGAGACCAGAAGCUAAGCUACGGCGGGUCACGUGGAGCACUCGUUACUCCGAGCCACGAGAGGACACGGACGAUGAAGAGGACUACGACAACGAGGCUGCUAGGAACGCUGACGUACACCAUCAAAAGGAUGAGGAAGUGGAAACAGAUGGAAAAUUUAGUUUCAAGGAGAAAGUAUACAACAUCCUGUGCUGCUACUCCAGCUUCAAACCUAAACCAGUAACCAAGGCGAUGGAGGAAGCGGAAGAGAGGCGCUACAGAGGCCAGGACGAGGCUCCCUGGGUCAGCAAGUUCUUGGACUUAAAUGCCAUUAUUGUGAUGGGCGUAACGGUGUUUCUUCUGGGCCUGUUCGCUUAGGAAUGAUCUAAACACAAGUCAUGCUCAUGAUAUAAUCGGAAUCGUACAAUCGACUCUGCUAUUAGCAGAGAUUUCUUAUGAAUAUGGAAAGGGUUUAGUCGCUUUUAUUAACACUGUCUCAUUGGUUGUAGUACAUACAUGAUAUAGAACCCUGCUUAAUCUCAGGGUAUUUGUAGCUUUCAGAGUCUAUUUCCGGUCUAAGUUUCGAUGUUAUCAAACGGAGAUAUCGUCUCUGAAGAAUUAAAACAGUUUAUUUACAAUAUGUAAUAUACACAUUUGGUUAAAUAAAUAAUGAUGUUUUCAAUAAUAAUUUGCAUCAGCUGGAUAAAUUUCCUCAUAUUCAGAUUAUUGAGAUAACAAUAUGAAAUAUACUUAUUGCGCCAAAGAGCAGCUACAGCAGCUGCCCAAUAUGUCACUCUUAGGGAUACGGAUGGUCACGUCAAAAAGUCUGCCAAUCUGCCUCGUAGGUGCGUUCUAAGUGCCCUUAGGUGCGUUCUACAUGUUUUAAUAACCUAGAUAUCUUACUUACCUCCAAAUGUAUAGAGAAUCUCACCCGAGUGUCUUUUGACAUCAACUAUAUCAACACGAGUUGAUAAAAGUGGUAAAACUCCGAGAGAGAUUUUAUUGAUCAUCCAAUAUGAUUUUUAAAUCGAAAUACGCGAAAAGAAAAGUCAAUGAUAUAUAAAAGCGAUAACUACAAUAAUAUCUCCUGUGGAACCGAUUUGGGAUGAUAAAUAUGAACACUGUCAUCAAUGAAAUUUGAAUCUCGAUUCAAAAGCGAAAGUGAAAGAAGGUAGCAGUUUUGAGGCUGGCGGCCAUCUUGGUUUCUGAAAUCUGUUCUGCUUUUUUGGUGAUGAAGGGCUAGGGGCGAUAUGGUAAGCGAAGCUAGGUUCUGGUAGUGGUUGCGAUACAAGGCACACAGUACUGUGCAGUUUUAGUUUCCAUAAACAGAUAUUCCUUUGUAGACAGUUACUGGUAAUGAAUCACUGUCUUACAUGAAAUCAGACCAUUGUGCACUAUUCAUAUUGUCCUGAACUUGCUAUACGUAUCUAGUACUUAGAAGAUACACAGAUAUUUGUUUGGUUGUUGUUUUAUGCCGCACUCAGCAAUAUUCCAGCUAUAUCACUUCAUUCUGUAGAUAAUCGAGUCUGGCCCAGACAGUCCAGUGAUUGAUAUUAUGAGCAUCG